AUGGCGGCAGCAGCAGCGUUGGCAGCAGCAGCUGCUGCUGCUUGUGCCUCGUCGGCUGCAGUUUGGAGCGUUAGGGUAGGGCUUUCAACGGGAUAUGCUGGCCUUAGCGGCUCUCUCAGAUGGAGGACGCUGCUGUCGUUGCUGUUGCUGCUGCUGCCGCUGUUAUUGCUGCUGCAGCUGCAGCCUACGAACAGCAGGGUGUUGUUUGUUUCUCCUCAUGGGGGGGCCCUUUUUGGCUUUUCAGCUUCUAUCGACGCAGAGUUUGCUCCUUGGGGCCCCCCCGUAGAAGAGGUCGUAGGUCAACUUGUGUACAAGGGAAGCAGCUGUGCUGCAGCAAACCCCACGUUGCUCGGUUUCUCUUAUCUGGACUUCCGCCCUCAGUUGCUGCAGCUGUCUCUUGUAAAUAAGCUCAAGGGUUUAGCAGGACACCUGCUACCCAGUGCAGAUCCCCGUGCUGCUGCACCUAUUACUACUGCUGCUCCUCCUCUUGUUCCACUUGGUUAUGCUACUGCUCCUCCUCCUGGUGGGGGGGAGCCGCGUGAAUGGGCGUCCGAUCCCUUGGAAGCAAUAGCAGCGGCAGCAAAAGCAGAAGCAGACGCCGCAGCAGGUGGAGCUGCUGCAACAAACGGAGAUAGCUGGAGGUGGGCUUUGCAGCGGACAGGUCGCCUUCGGCGGGAGUCCUUACAUCUUUUGCUCCCUUUUGUCUCCACUCUUAUUCUCAGAGCCAUUACCACCGAUCUGAACUCCACAUCAGCAACAGCCGGACUGCCCCUCUCCCCCUCCACUCUUCUAGAACAGCAGCAGCAGCAAGCGGACCAGCGCCCGGUUGAUCCUACAGGAGCAGCAGCACUGCCACCAGCAGCAGAACCAGCAGCAGCACCAGCAGUACCAGCAACGGGACUGGAUGGCUCUGAGAGGGGAGGAUUGAAGGGAGUGUUUAAGGGUUUAUCUUUGCGGGGUAGCCGCUGGCGACUGGCAGGCGUACAAAAGAGGGUUUGGUUAUUCGACCGCUGCACAGAGAAGGAACUGCUGCAGCUAAUAAGAGCAGCAAAUAGCUCUGGUGUUGCAGCGCUGCUCUUAACAGACACGCCCUUUAAGGAUUACUCACUCCCGUUGCUUGGGAAUGUCUUUGCUCCCCAGCCCCUUAUGCCUGUGGUCUCCCUGCCGAACUCGCCUUUGCUGCAGCACGUGAAGCAGCGUGCAGCAGCAGCUGCUGCAACAGCAGCAGCAGAGCCGCUGUACGCCCUUGUCGAUCGUCUGCCUUCCAAGGGAGCCGACUGCAGGGCGCAGCAGCCGUUACUGCUUGCCUCGCUUGUUUCUCUGCCUCUCUGGUGUCUCCUUGCGUGGAAGGCGCAGAGGGAGAGCAGCGGAGCAGCAGGAAGAGAUGCUACAGCUCUGCACCGGCUGCUACUGCUGCCCCCAGCCUUAAAGGCUGCUGCUGCUGCUGCACAAUCCGUCUUCCUACUGCAGUGCCCCUCUUGGAGUUCGUCCGGCUCCCAGUACCUCGUCAUGGCUGUCUUAACAUUCGAAACCCUUUUUCAGACGUCCUUCUCCGCUUGUCUCCUUCUCAUUAGCAAGGGAUUUCUUAUCAUCCAGGAGACUCUCACCAGCAAACAGUCACUCACUCUUGCGCUCCUCGUGAGCGCGGUGUACGUGUUGAGCAGCGUAAACCAAGUUGACCCGUUGGAGUGCCUGCCUCUCCGUCUUCUUCUUCUGCUUCUGAUUUGCAUUGUGGUACUCCGCUCUUGUAAGGACUGCAUCCUAAAAAUUGAGCUGCGGCUCGAAUACGUGAGGGCAGCGGGUUUGCAAGAGCUCCAGGCAGCCCUUGAAUUAAAGGAGAGGAUGUUUAAGAUCCAUGCAAUUAGUUGUUGCCUCUUUUUCGUCUGCUCCGCUGUCUCCUCUCUCACCUGUCUCCUUCUUCUGGAUCGCCCCGACCUUAGCGAUGCUGUUUCCUACGGUCUUGAGUUAGCUCUCUGGGCCGUCGUCGCCUUUACCUUCAAACCCAGAAGAGGCCUCCCCUAUUUUUCCCUCCUUCAGUCUAACGAGCAGCAGUCUGUUCUGCCAAUGUAUGCCGCUGCUCCGCUGUUGAGGAGGAGCGAAGACGGGGCAUCUAUGUGGGGUUCCGAAGCAGCAUCAGCCGUAGCGGCAGCAGGAGAAGCAGCAGCAGCAGGUGGUACAGUAGGGUCGGCAGCAGCAGGAGCAGCAGGAAGAGGCGCAGCAGGAGGAGGAGGACCUUUCUCAGAGCCUUUUCCUGAGGACUGUCCUAUUGUCAUCUUAAACCCAUCAUCUCCAGGGCAGCGAGAGGCUGUCUUUAAAGAUGUUGCACUCGGCACUCUUUACACCUGCACCCGUGUGUGUGUUUUCUUCGUAGGAUGUCUCGUGCCCUCACACCAACACCAACAGCACCAAAUGCAGCAACAGAAGGUGCGGCAGCAACAGAAACCAGGUGUUUCUACACUGCGUGCCAGCUGUGUUGAGGGUCUUUAA